AUUUCUUUCAGUUCAGUUGUCUAGUGGAUCUUGUACAAUUAAGUGGCUGAUUGGAUUGUCGACUAGUUUCAGCAAAAUUAAAAUUACUCCAACACAUUUUUAUUUUUCUAAAGCAAAAUCAUCUUCUUCAACUAUGGCCCAAAGCAGACGAUACUCACGGUUUUAUUCGUGGUCUGUCAUUUUGGCUGUCGUAUUUUCUGUGGCAACAACACAAGAGACAUUUUCUCAGAGAAGAGCAAAAUAUUUGGAGGAGAAGAGGAGAAUAGAAGCCGAAAAAAGAUGGGCAGAGGAAGACAGACUUGGGAUUCCAACAACGACUACCACAACUACGACGACUACGACACCUAAACCUUACCACGAACUGACACCAUAUGAAAAACUUGAUGUUGCCAAUCGGAACAUUGCCAAAGGAGAUGAGGCUGAAUUCAUGGCUAAACUCAGUCAGCAUAUGAAUUGGGAACAGUUUCUGACUCCUAUUCCCAUUAGUCUGGGAGUCCUCGGCAGUCUAAUGAUGUCAGCUACGCAAACCAACGAUUUCACCAUCAACGACCACAAGCCCGUUGGAGGUUUUCAGUACAUGCGACAUCCGACCAGUUUUCGCCAAUCUCUAAUGCAAAUCGGUCACGAAAGUUACAAGGCCUUCCUGGUAGCACACGGCAAUAUGAACAAGAUUCGACUGUCGACACUCACUGUUCCCUCCUACAUGAACGAAGCUACUCGAAUUUUAGCAACUGGUAACUUUACAGUCAUUCAAUCCCGUCUUCAUCGACCAUUACGAGUUGUGAGAACUGCCAUUAACGACAGUUUAAACUGGUCAUUGAAAGUGGCCAACCAAUUCGAGUACUUGUCCAAUCUGACGGAUGAGGUCCAUUUGGCGGCUGUUAGUUCCAAAAGCGCUAAAGAAGGUACCAAGUUGAGUGUGGUCGAAGAACAGUCCCUUAAAAAGCUGACGAGCGAUAGUGUCCAACAGCAUCUAAAUCAAAUUGAAAAGCAGUUAAAGGACAACCUAAAGAAGAGUGAUCGAGCUCAUGAAGACUUAUUGCAAGCCUGGCUUUCCAAACCGACAGCAUUUGAACGCUUGGGCAUGGACAUUGGACAAUUUUUUCUUAACGAUGUUUUGGGCGGAUUAUUUGGUCUGUUUUCCUCAGGUAAAAAUUCUUGGAACAAACCGCCGACCAAUGAAGAAAAUAAUUCGGCUUCCGCGAGCAAUUCCUCCUACAACGAUCCUUGCAUUCCCAUACAUAGUAAACUGGUAUUUGAACUUGACGCAACUGGCCAAACAAUAUCUACCAACUAUCCGACGUUAGAAUACAUCAGUUCAUCCAAGGGUCGUUACAACGCCACCACACACUCAGAUUACUUUGGUGCCGCUUUGAAAAACGUAACCAACUGUCAGCCUAUCAUCGAUGCCAUCGGCACCGGACAGAAAUAUGUUGAAAGUAUGCACAAGCUGGCACAUAAAACCCCAACUCCUCUUCCGAAAACAAGUUUAAAAAGCGAUCAGGAAACAGCCCUGAGUUCCUUUGAAGAAGAGAGGGAAAAAGAAUUUUCUCGCAUCAAGAAACUAGAAAAGAGUUUCAUCAGUCAAUGUCUCCAGUUGAAAGAAAUGGCUCAGAAGGUACCUACAACCAACAUAUCUCCCAUUGUGGCCUCAGAAAUUCCCAACGAGUCGCGAGCAAGUCGCCAAGCAAUGGCCAUGGCCAAUUAUAAAAUCAAACUGCACACGAAAUCGCUCGAGGAGCUGAGAAACAAUUUGGAUAAAAAUUGGAAAUUGGCAAUAAAUAAAACAGAAGAAUUGGUCCGAAUUUUACAAGAGAUGUCCGUUUUGAAAACAGAAGAGAUUCAAUUCGAGAAGGCCAUUAAAAUGCUCCACAUGGGGCUGACUCAAUUGAGUGAAUUAAAGGAAAAUUGGUCUAAUUUGGUUCGUUUCUUUGUUAGCAUAUCCUCGGUCAUCGAGUCGAUUGGCAACAAACAUCUAGAGGACUUCAGCAAAGAUAUUGAAACGACUAGCCAAUCGGUGAGAAAUAUCCACAAAAUGUGCGUCAUCAACGGUAUUCACGUAAAAGCGACCAGGGCCAAUCAAGCUACCGCCCUAGUUCACGGAAUGGCUGACACUUAUUUCAAGAUAUCCACCAAAUAUUUGAUGCCUAAUGUUCAUAAGUUGGACCGACUUAUGGGACUGAAGCCUGACAAGAUACCUUACGAACGCCAGUUGCUGGUGCAAUCAUGUGAGCGUGAUUCAGCUGAAAUCGGACACCUGAUUGUCGAUGGAAGACUUCAACUAGUCGAGCAGGUAGCAGCUAGAGUCCGCCAGGUCAAGAAUGAAUACAAAUUUCUGGACGAUCUGAGGGAGAGAGCAAAAGAAAAAGAACGAACGAAGAUAGCUGAAGAAAAAAAAAAUCUUGUUCUGAUUGGACAAUUACCGGAAGAAGAAUUACAAGCUGAAGUGGAGAAAGAAGUUAAAACUACUAUUGAAAAGGAUAUCUUUUUGAGUCAAGAUCCUAUUGAAGAAGAAGAAUUUUAAUUUCACCGCGCAAUAUUUCCGCGUUGUUGCCCCCAUUUAAUUAGUAAAUCUUUACUUUGAAUAUUAGAUGUACUUUUAAAAGACACUGCCAAAAAAUAAUAAUAAAUACUUAU